AUGAUUCGUUCGAUAAGAAGAGUAGCUCAAAGAAGCAUAUCCUUUUCAUGGGAAGAUCCUUUAAAUCUUGAAAGCUUAUUAACAGAAGAAGAAAAAUUAAUAAGAGAUAGCGCCCGACAUUUUGCUCAGCAAAAACUAAAGCCUAAAAUCUUGCAAGAUUUUAGAACUGAAUCUGGGGAGAGAGAUAUAAUUAAACUCCUUGGCGAACAAGGAUACUUCCAUGAUGAACCCAUUGGCAAUGUUGCUUAUGGACUUAUUAAUAAAGAACUAGACGCUGUAGACAGUGGCUACAGAACUUCUUUAAGUGUCCAAAAUGGACUUGUGUUAUUCCCAUUAAGGAGUUAUGCUAAAAAUUCCAUUAAAGAAAAAUAUGUCCCUAAGUUGGAGUCUGGGGAUUAUGUUGGCUGCUUUUGCUUAACGGAGGCAAACCAUGGGUCUAACCCUGAGGCCAUGGAAACAAGAGCUCAAAAAAAGGGCUCAAAAUAUGUUCUAAACGGCUCUAAAAUAUGAAUCUCAAACUCUCCUAUUGCUGAUGUUUUUGUAGUCUGGGCGAAAGACCAAACUGGAGACGUCAUAGGUUUUGCGCUAGAAAAAGAUACCCCGGGACUUUCAGUAACAAAAAUCCAAGGAAAGCUUUCUUUACGAGCAAGCUCAACAGGUAUCGUCAGCUUUCAUGACGUAGAGCUAGAUGAAGAAAAUAUGCUGCAAGUAAGAGGGAUGAAAGGGCCUUUAUCAUGUCUUGGGGAAGCUAGGUUUGGGAUCGCUUGGUCAUCAUUUGGAGCUGCUGAAGCUUGCUAUAAAAUUGCUAGAAAUUAUACAUUAGAACGAAAACAAUUUGGGAGACCUUUGGCACAAACCCAAUUAAUCCAGAAAAAACUAGCUGAUAUGGCUACCGAAAUAUCUCUAGGAUUAUUAGCUGCGUAUCAUGUGUCUAAAUUAAAGGAUGAAGGCAAAAUAACUCCUCAAAUGGUCUCGAUUUUAAAAAGAAAUGCGUGCCAAAAGUCGUUACAGAUUGCUAGAGAAGCUAGAGAUAUGUUGGGAGGGAAUGGAAUUGUGGAUGAGUACGAUGUUUUGAGGCAUGCUAUGAAUCUAGAAGCAGUUAAUACUUAUGAGGGAACCGCAGAUAUACAUUCACUUAUCAUUGGAAAAGGAAUUACAGGUCUACAAGCAUUUUCUUAA